AUCAAAGAACAGUAACUACCAGACUGUUUGUGAUCAGUUACUGAAUGUGUCAUGAAUGGUAACAUGUCAUUCAAUAAGUUAUUCCUGCAGGCAUAUAGUUUAUAUAUGCUAAUGUUUACAGUACUGGCUCACUGUAGGUAUGUUUAGGCUAUAACUAAAUGUUGUUAACUAAACUAAGCCAAAACAACAGCUUGUAGUGGCUUACUGUAUGUACUGCUUUGUUGGUUGUAGGAUCAUAGUGCAUGCACCAGGUGGCAGUCUACAUUCAAUGUUUCACUAUAAAUUCUGGUUCUCAGAAUUCACUGCUACAUGAUUUAAUUUUGAUAAUCUCUGAUGAGAUUUGAUACAUUGUUGCCCGUGUUAGCAUAAUCACUCAUGAGUCUUGUCAAAGGUCUCACCUAUUUGUACAGUACUGUUUUAUUUAAUUUGUCUGCCUAUGGAUAGUCACGUGACAAAUGUUGUUCAAUCAGCUGCCCCCAGAACAAGGCUCAUCAUUUAAAUAUUGUGGAACGCCAGUGUACCCUUAAUUUGAUCUGUGAUUUCGGCGCCGUUGAGAAUGUGGCAAAUUGGCCCCUGCUAGCAACAAACUAAGACAAUGUGUAUUUUUGCAUGUUGAUUGUCUUCGUUUCUAGCUUCAAUAUUAUGAGUUCGCAUGUCACUCCCGGUCCUUACAGGGCGACAAAACUGUGGAAUGAAGUUGAAAAGCUUUUCCGAGCAGGGAUGCCUCUGCGAAAACAUCGGCAGCACUUUAGAGUGUAUGGGAACUGUUUUACUGCUGUGGCAGCUGUCGACUGGUUGCAUGAACUGCUUAGGAACAAUAGUAACUUCGGACCAGAUGUCACCAGGCAACAGACUGUCCAGCUGCUGAAGAAGUUCCUCAAGAAUCAUGUGAUCGAGGAUGUAAAGGGCAGAUGGGGUUCAGAAGAUUUAGAGGACAACUGCCAUCUCUACAUGUUCCCUUCUCUUUUGAAGGGAAUUCCCCAUUGCCCACUUGCGUCAGGGCCUGCAUCAGUAAAGAAGAGUUUCUCAAUGAGGGAAAAGGAAGGCUUCUUCAAAUGUAGGAGUUCCAAGAAACUGGACAAAGAUACUGUAGAAAAUGUGGAUCCCUCAAAACAAGAUAUGGAGACUGAGCCUGUGAUAGAAGUGGUACAGCCCAGAGUACUAACAGAGGAAUAUAUCCAGGACGUUUGGAGAGGCAUCACUCUCACACACCUGCAGAAAACAUUGGGAUUGACCUCACUUGAGGAUGUUUUGGAUCCAAGACACGUCAAUCCUCAAAACAUUGUGUACAACAUGACCAAUGUGAACAAGCAUGGGGUUGUUACACUUGAGGAUAAGACGGAUGACCUCCCACACUGGGUUUUGUCUGCAAUGAAAGGUCUUGCAAACUGGCCUAAGUAUGAUGCCAGCCAGCCAUCCUAUCCUUGGUUUGAGAGGGAUGUGUUUAAAACGGUCUCUGACUACUUCUAUAGCCUCCCUCGGCCAAUUCUCACAUCUGAAUACUACAAGUUGUUUGUCAACAUCUUGGGUCUCCUCCAGUCUCAGUUGGAGCAGGUGGCCAUUGAGGCUCUGCAGCUCUGCACCCUGUUGCUGCCUCCUGCCAGUCGAAGGAAGCUCCAGCUGCUGAUGAGAAUGAUCUCCCGGAUGAGUCAGAACGUGGACCUGCCUCGGUUCAAUGACGCCAUAGCAACACACACACUGAUGGAGCAUAUGUUCUCUCACUGCGUGCUGGGCUGUAAGGAAGAGAUGGACCUGGAUGAGCUGCUGGCCACCAGACUGGUCUCCUUCCUCAUGGAUCAUCACCAGGAGAUCCUCCAGGUGCCUGUCUAUCUGCAGAACGCAGUCCAGGACCACAUCGCCUACCUCAGGAAAGUGCAGAUAACAUACCCAGGCAUUGUUGGUGCCCCUGUGCCCGUUUACUCCUUUUGUAGACGGAUCAGCACCAAAGAGUUUGAGGAGCAGAAGCUGAGUUUGUCCCAGGCUGCGAUCGCUGACCUACUGGAGAGCCUGGUCAAAGACAAGAACAUGUCGAUGAAGGACAGGAAGAAGAAGCUCAAGCAGAGUGAGGCGCAGCUUUUUGAAGAUUAACCAAAGAUCAAGCCACCAUUGCUGAUAAGUAUGAAGAAACCACAAGCUUUUAGUAUUAGAAACUGAAGGUACAUUUUGUUCUUGCAGCUAAAUGAAAGGUGGGAGGAAUAUACAGGUGAGACCACCUCCCAAUUUAGACUGCAACUAUAUAACAAUUGUCUUUAUGAUUGAAUUAUGCAUAUUUUAUGUUGAGUAAUGUGUUUUUGUGUAUGUUAUUUUGAAAAUACUGCAGUAGUUAUCUUUAGUGCACCAAUGAAGUUACUUUGAUAUCUUAUGGAGUAUAAUAAGAGACUAAAGCAAACCAAGAUUAGAUUUGGUGUUUUUCUGUCAAUGUUCCAAUUGAUCUACAUUCAUACACUACCAUUGACAGAGUAUACAGUAUUCAAACUUUUAAACGUUUGAGCUUUUUUAGCGAUUAUUUGUUACUAAGUGUGAUUUGUCUACCUAGUUCAUUWGGUUUGUAUGAAGUGCUCAUAACAUUUUGUAUCCAUGUUUCACAUUUUUCUGUGUAUUUUGGCAUUGCACUUUUCUAUAGUUCUUUUAUUUAAUGUAUGUUUUUUUUAUUCCAAUACAUUCUCUUAAAGUUAAGCUCAAAUUGCUUUAUUUUAUAUUUUGGGCUUGGGAUUUGUCUAUUUUCUUACCUGGCAAGUUAUGUUCAGCCUUUUGGGAUACAGAAAAGUUUUGCACUAUUUUCUGUCAUUUUCAACAAAUGGUAGCUUUGACCAAUCAAUACAAUUGUUAAUAUAUAUACCUGCCAUAUUAUAUAUUUUUAUGCCAUCGAUGAAGUAUUAAUAAACCUUUUGGAAUCCG